AUGGGAGAAGCCAUGGAUAUUUUGAAGCAGUGCCUUUCCGUUCUCCGUCUGGUCUUUUGUGCGGGAUGGGUGCACCGUGAUCUCAGCGCGGGGAAUAUUCUUGCUUUGAGGGAUGGGCCAAACAAGAAAUGGCAAGUUAAACUAUCGGACCUCGAGUAUGCGAAGAGGUUUCCGAGCGACGACCAUUGUGCAAGUCCUGUACCUAAGACAGGCACGCCAUACUUCAUGGCCAUUGAAAUCCAGCAAAGAAAACCACUUCUUCCUGCUGUAUUCUCAACGAACACUACUCUUGCAGAGGAUUCUGGGGAGGACGACGAAUCGGAAGGGGAGGAAGAGGAAGAAAACACAAAGGCCAGCGCUCUCCAAAAGUUCCAGAGGCCCGUGAAACACAACUACCAGCACGAUCUCGAGUCGAUUUGGUGGUUGUUUGUGUGGCUGGGAAGUGCAAGAGUGAAGCGAGCACUUUCACGAUUGUUUGCAAAGGGGUUAUUCCAGGCUGGUGCUCCGACAGGAGUAAAUAUUCAAAACCCAGCCAAUGCUCGUUUUGUCGCUUUCGUGAGUAACCUCGAACUCGACGAGAACUUCCCCCUAUCCCUUCCCGAAGAAAUGAAACCAUCCUUCAUCUCGGGUCUCGAGACCCUUCGGUGUGAUCUCUAUACUGCUUAUACUCGGCGCAACGUAGAAGGGAGACAGGAUGAUCUGGAAACCUACUCCUACAUCAUGAGUAAGGCUUUUCAUCGGUUUUUCCGAAAGAUCGAGAAAUCGAGGGACAAGUGGGAGGCGAUUGAGUUAAAGGUCGACCAGGAUGCUGGGGUGGAAGGACAAGGAGACGGGGAAGGCGACCCAUCAAAGAAGCGAAAGACGAUGGACGAAGAAGAACAAGAGGCAGAAGAGACGGAUUUACAAGUCGGAGUCGUGAAGAAGCUCACCUUUGCUUCUGAUACAGAGAAGGAUGACGAAGAGAAUGGCACGAAUGAAGCAAUCAAGCUCAAGGAUGGCAGAAAGAAAGAUUCCAUCACUCUGAGCCCAGAAGAAGGGAACGCCGGAGAUGGAACGAAGAAAUCAGGCAAGGCAGGGGCUACAGCACGAGAGCAUGUUGCCACCCCAGCCCAGACGCAGAGGGCGGCAGGUCCAACGACAAGGUCGAUGACCCAGGCUGGUGGUACAGGGAAAGAGAAGCCAACUGCAAAAGCACAUGGAGGAACGAAGAAAGGCAAUGGGGAUGGACCCAAACCGUCAAAGAGAGCUCGACGAUAA